UGGUACUCGCACUAGAGAGUUUAGAGGCCGUCUGCAAAGACUGAGAGUGAAAUGCAGUGUGGAUUCUUUCUUCGCUCUUUGACAAUGUAGAAUAGGAACAAGUAUUUCGGGAGCACACUUGGACCGCUGGAGCAGACGAUAUGAGAAUGCAAAGUCUGAGGUUGCAUGAAUUUUGACUCAACAAACAAUCUGUGAGAUUGGAGCUUAACAAUUUUCAUUAUCCCAGGGGAACAAAAAAACAGACUGAUGGAGACGGAGACGAGCACAAAGCCUCCAAAGGCCUCGAGGCUCACAGCAGAAGAUGAUGCACUAGCAUCCCAGGUACUGGAGAUCAUUGGAGGGAUCACUCUUCAGGCACUCCAGUCCAUGGAGGAACCUGAAGAAAGAGAUGGAUGGUCAAUGGAGGAGGGAGAUGACUCCGUGUUCUACAGUGAUGAGGACCAAGCUCAUCAGGACAUAAAAGCAAACACAUCUUGUGAUUUUGGUGCCAGUGUGUGGGAGCAUCUCGUCAACAGCGUGGCAGCUGAUGAACCAAUCCCACAGAGGGGGGACGAUCCGGGAGAAGAAUCCAUUACUGACAGAGAAAAGUCAGAGAUGGCAAAGGAAGUGACUCGGCAUGUCGUUGUGACUGAAGAAGAGGACCGCCAAGAGCUCCAGAUGCCGAAAACUGAACCUAUGGAUCAGUCCAAUCCUGCAGAUCCAGGAGCACCGUCUAAUCUAACUCCAGAGAAGUCAGUGAGCACCUGCGGACAAUCUAUGCAACUAAACUGCACAAUGGCAGACAUGCAAACACAGCCUGAGCAAAAUAUAUCAGCAGAAAAAACCAAUCCACCAGUUGAGGAGGAAGAAGCGGUGCUAGAUGCACAGACAUUAAUCCUUGAAUCCUUUGAUGUAACUAAUGAGGAGAGUUACACAAGGCUGCACAGUGAGGCAGAAGUCCCAGAGCAGAUUUCUUGUGCCGACCUCCAGGUAUCACGUGACAGGCAGCUUCAGAUGGAGCAGGAGCCAGAGCAGGAGCGCCACCUUCACAUCGCUGUGGGGUUUGAUCAAAACCCCGGCACAGGCUACUCCACUCUGCCUCUGCCAGAAAAAUCUGGUCACGGCGACGGCCACCAGAAAUCCUACGACCACCUCACUUCCUCCAAAUACAGCACCGUAUCCUAUCGCAAGAUCCGCAGAGGCAACACCCGCCAGAAGAUAGAGGAGUUUGAGUACAUGCUAAUGAAUUUGUAGAGAAGAUGGGUUCAAUGCCCCCUUAAGGAAAAUAAAAACAGCUGGACAUGACACCUAACAAAUAAAUGAGCAUUAAAUGAGACUGACAAAAUAUGGUACACAGCGUACAUUUAUUUGCUCUAAAAUGUACUUGUAUAUCAUAUUGAAAU